CUCUCCCUCCCUCUCUAUCUCUCUCAAUGUCUCUCUCUCUUUCUCUCUAGUGGCAGUCUUGAAGUGUGUUGUCACUUAAAAAUGGGGAAAUGAAGACAACUUCUCCCCGAGCCGUCUUUCGCUACUCACCUACCCGGUUUUUAACGUACUCCUCGCCGUCAUGAUGUCAGAGGUGAACGACGACCACAACGUGACGGAGAACGGCGAGCCGUACAGAAACCCCACGGAAGUGAAAAUGAGUCAAAUAGUGCUGCCCUGCCAUUCCAACCACUGCGGCGAGCUGAGCGCUGGGCAGCUUCUCAAGUGGAUGGACUCCACUGCCUGCCUGUCAGCUGAGAGACAUGCCGGCUGCUCCUGUGUUACUGCGUCUGUAGAUGACAUCAAUUUUGAACACACCAUAGGGGUGGGAAAUGUAGUCACCAUCAUAGCAAAGGUCAACAGAGCUUUCACAUCCAGUAUGGAGGUUGGAAUAUCGGUGACAUGUGAGAACCUCUACACUGGCAGGCAUUGGAGGGUUUGCCAAGCCUGCGCCACCUUUGUGGCCAGGAGAACUGGAGCUGGGAAGGUCAAGCUAAAGCAGGUGACUCCCCGCACACAAAUGGAGCAGAUGGAGUACAGCCUGGCAGCAGAGCGGAGGAGGAUGAGGCUCAUCCACGCUGAGAUCAUCACAGACCUGCUGAGCAGCAGCACGGCUCAGCUGGGAGAUUGCCAGGAGUACCAGGACGCCGUGCCGGCCGAGCGCACCCGAGUGGAGAGUGUAGAGCUGGUGCUUCCACCCCACGCCAACCACCAAGUCAGCACCUUUGGGGGCCAGAUCAUGGCUUGGAUGGAGAAUGUAGCCACCAUUUCUGCAAGCCGUUUGUGUAACGCUCAUCCCACGUUGAGGAGCAUAGACAUGUUCCAUUUCCGCGGGCCCUCUCACAUUGGUGACCGACUAGUGCUGAAAUCCAUUGUUAACAAUGCCUUCAAACACAGUAUGGAGGUGGGAGUGUGUGCUGAGGCCUAUCAGGGUGGAGAGCCUCAGCGCCAUAUAAAUAGUGCCUUUAUGACCUUUGAGGUGCUUGACGGUGAUAGGAAACCAUGCACGCUUCCCCGGAUAAGACCCGAGCCUGUGGAUGGUAAAAGGCGUUAUCAAGAAGCCAUUGCCAGGAAGAAGAUACGCCUUGAUAGGAAAUACAUCAUCUCCUGCAAGCAAACCGAGGUGCCGCUGUCUGUACCCUGGGAUCCAAGUAACCAGAUGUAUUUGAGCUACAACAAUGUAUCUGCACUGAAACUCAUGGACACCAGAAACAAUUGGGUGUUGACCUCAGAGAAAAAUAAAGUCAGACUGUACACGCUGGAGGAGAACCAGACGUUGUGUUUCAAAGUGGAAAUGUACGUCACUGUCUCGGCCGAGCAGACGUUCCACCUGCUGUCAGAUCUCAGGAGGAGGAAAGAGUGGGACCGGCAUUAUGAGGAGUGCGAGGUGAUCACGCAGGCAGACGAGGAAGACACCAUUUAUCGCAUCGCAACCCCCUCCAUCAGUAAAGGGGGCAAAGGCCAGGACUUUAUCUUGUUGGCAUCCUGUCGGAAACCAUGUGAUAUCAGGGAUCCAUAUUUGAUAGCGCUGCGUUCUGUCACUUUGCCCACUCACCCUCCAACCGAAGACUACAACAGGGGAGAGGUGCUCUGCGCUGGCUUCACCAUCCGGGAAGAAAGCAGCGGCGUCACCAAGGUCACCUACUACAAUCAGGCCACACCGGGGGUUCUUCCUUACAUCUCUACGGACAUUGUUGGACUCUCCUCGUCUUUUUACAGUGCCUUUUCUGCCUGUAGUGACUUCCUAGAGGCGAACAAGGACAGCUUGCCUGCUUCAGUACUGCAGCUCAUUAGUGCAACUGAUGUCCUUACACUACAAAAGGAACAAUAGAUAACCUCUCUGACUAUCCAUGGUCUGUUCUUAGAAUGAUGAUAGAUGACUUUUGACUAUUUUACCCAUAUUGUGUGACUAUGCACAAAGCCCGUUUCCAUAUGAGUUGGGAAAUUGUGUUAGAUGUAAAUAUAAACGGAAUACAAUGAUUUGCAAAUCAUUUUCAACCCAUAUUCAUUUGAAUAUGCUACAAAGAUGACAUAUUUGAUGUUCAAACUCAUAAACAAAUAAUCAUCAACUUUUGAGUUUGAUGCCAGCAACACGGGACAAAGGAGUUGGGAAAGGUGACAAUAAAUACUGAUAAAGUCGAGGAAUGCUCAUCAAAGACUUAUUGGGAACAUCCCACAGGUGUGCAGGCUAAUUGGGAACAGGUGUGUGCCAUGAUUGGGUAUAAAAGCAGCUUCCUGUGAAAUGCUCAGUCAUUCACAAACAAGGAUUGGGAAACGGUCACCACUUUGUGAACAAAUGCUCGAGCAAAUUGUCAAACAGUUUAAAAACAACAUUUCUCAACGGGCUAUUGCAAGGAAUUUAGGAAUUUCAUCAUCUAAGGUCCGUAAUACCAUCAAAAGGUUCAGAGAAUUUGUAGAAAUCACUGCACGUAAGCGAUAUGUAACGGACUUUCGUUCGCUCAGGCGGUACUGCAUCAAAAAGUGACAUCAGCGUGUAAAGGAUAUCACCACACGGGCUCAGGAACACUUCAGAGAACCACUGUCACUAAAUACAGUUUGUCGCUACAUAUGUAAGUGCAAGUUAAAACUCUACUAUGCAAAGCCAAGGCCAUUUAUCAACGAUACCCAGAAAUGCCGCCGGCUUCGCUGGGCCCGAGCUCAGCUAAGAUGGACUGAUGCAAAGUGGAAAAGUGUUCUGUGGUCUGACGAGUCCACAUUUCAAAUAGUUUUUUCGGAAACGGUGAAGGUCGUGUCCUCCGGACCAAAGAGGAAAAGAACCAUCAGGACUGUUAUAGGUGCAAAGUUCAAAAGCCAGCAUCUGUGAUGGUAUGGGGGUGUAUUAGUGGCUAAGGCAUGGGUAACUUACACAUCUGUGAAGGUACCAUUAAUGCUGAAAGGUACAUACAGCUUUUGGAGCAACAUAUGUUGCCAUCCAAGCAACGUUAUCAUGAACGCCCCUGCUUAUUUCAGCAAGACAAUGCCAUGUCACUAGUUACAACAGCAUGGCUUCAUAGUAAAAGAGUGCGGGUACUAGACUGGCUUGCCUGUAGUCCAGACCUUUUUCUUAUUGAGAAUGUGUGGCGCAUUAUGAAACCUAAAAUACCACAACGGAGACCCUGGACUUUUGAACAACUUAAGCUGUGCAUAAAACAAGAAUGGGUAAGAAUUCCAUCUGAAAAGCUUCAAAAAUGUCUCUCCUCAGUUCCCAAAGGUUUGAGUGUUGUUAAAAGAAAAUGUGAUGUAACACAGUGGUGAACAUGCCCUUUCCCAACUACUUUGGCACGUGUUGCAGCCAUGAAAUUCUAAGUUAAUUAUUAAUUGCAAAAAAAAAAUUAAGUUUAUGAGUUUGAACAUCAAGUAUCUUGUCUUUGUAGUGCAUUCAACUGAAUAUGGGUUGAAAGGGAUUUGCAAAUCAUUAUAUUCCGUUUAUAUUUACAUCUAACACAAUUUCCACACUCAUAUGGAAACAGGGUUUGUAUGUGACAAUAAGUGGGCAUUUUCUCAAGGGCCAGGAAAAUGCAUUAUGUGUGUGUUUUUGUCAAAUCUGGGUGUAGGUUACGAUAGAAUGAACAGUUUUUAAGCAUGAGCGCGCAAUUCUUCUUGGAUUUAGCGCAGCUGUGUGUUAUUAGGCCCAACUAAGUGUGACUUAUUUUGUGCAAUAAUAAUUUCUAAGCCACAUUUUCUUAAAUGGUGCAACGAGGUUGCAGAGUCAGACCAAUAUUUUUGCAAAAUGUCCUUCGAAUAUGCAAUAUAUAUUUGGUGUAUAUUGGGGUAGGUACUUUUAAUGUUUUAAAGAUCAUAGGAUCAUGUGUUGUGUUUUGAUGUUUACUUUCAAUGGCCAAGUAUCUCCAAUGGCAGUUUGUGUUGAUUUAACUGGAACAAUAAAUAUUGAAGCAUCUCUCUCACAA